AUGAGUUCUCGGUCAGAAUUGAAUACAUCACCUUCUCCUAUAUGGGAUAGUUCGGAUCCUCAACGACGGCCUCCUCCUUUACCAAUGCGUGAAGAAUUUACAUUAAAUCAUAUUGAGGGAGGUGGAAAACUGUCUAGAACAUCUUCUAUUUCUUCUCAUUUGUAUAAGCAAUUGGGCAACAAAACUUCCUCUCAAAUGUUACGGAUAAGCGCAGAUGAUAAAACAGCAGAUAUAGUUCAUUCUAUUUCAGAAACGACGAGUACUAUUUUGGGAGAUCUUCGUUCUCUUAUUGAAAGAAGUAAAGAUAAUGCUUCUGCGUUAUUAGAUUUAAAACAAAACAUUAUUGAUGCAAAAAGAGAUCAAAAAAUCAUUGAUGAAAUACGAGCAAUUGUCACUUUUUUGCCACAAGAGAAUGAUAAGGAGGAGAAAUGUGAUAUAUUUAAAGAAAAACUGGACGAAAUUUUGAAAAUCUUAAAUACAAAUACUUCAUUUCACAAUACAGAAACACGCUUGUUGACCGAUAUAAAUAAAAAACUAGAAGCAAUUGAAGCGUUUCAAGACAGACUUUUUUCUCAGAAACUUGAAAUUAAUAAUUUAAUUUCUUCAUACGAAACACUGCAACAAACAAAUAUUACAGAAAUGGAGAAUAUGUAUUCUCGUAAAGUUGAAAUGUCUGCAGAGCUUGCACGUCUUGAUGCGCAUAUUAGUCAAAAAAAGGAUUCACUAGAUCAAUUGAAAGAACGAGUAAAAAUAUUAGAAAACCGUUUGGAAGAUAUUCAAUUGAAAUUUAAUAAACAAAAAGAAGAAAAUAAAAAAUUAAAUAAAUCAUCCAAAAAAAAAGUUCACCAAUCUGCGAAAUCUCCUACAACGCCUCAGAAUAUUCGCCAUUUUUCUCUUAUGGAUAUUCAUAACCGUAAUCCAUCUAUCGUUACACUUGCACCUUCUACCAUUAUGAAUUCCCCAAAUAAUACAGAUAGUGUAAUCGACAAAAAAGAGAAACGGAAAACUUCAUGGAGCAGAAAGGUUGUAAAUGCAAUGGGAUUCCAAUUUCAGCAUAACAAUAAGGAAAAUUCGCCUGUACUUUCGAAAAACAAUGAAUUAGCGAUUCAAAAGAAAAAAAAUUAUCCUAACAAUUUUGGAAUUAAAACGGCAAAAACUUUUAGAAGUUUCAGCACAAGAGCCUAAUACACUAGCAUUCAAUCUAAAAACAUAGAUCAGUGCUAUGCGGAAAAGACAAAUGCCGCCAAUAGACUAUUAGUCUCAAACUACAUAUUAUUAAACGUAAAAAAAUAAUUAACAUUACUUUUUGUUAAACUAUAUUUUCUUA